AAACGUGUCUCUUUCUUUGCCUUUACCCUCCCUCCCCUCCUUUCUAUUUCAUAUUUUCAUUCACUCACCAAAACACACACAAACACACACACACAGACAGACUCAGUAGCUAAUAAUAUAUUGAAAAUGGCGAUGUUGAGUAGUGCUUCUGCUUCAUUUCACAGACUCACCUCCUCAUCUCCUUCUAUUCCUACUCCAUUCUUACCUUCUUCCGCUUCACUGUUACCCAAAUCUACGACCACAAGGUACAAAAAUAGGGUUUAUUUUUCCACUUUUGCAAUCAGGAAACCAAUUCAACUCGACAUUCUUCAAGAAGAAGAAACGGAAAUGGCGGAGGAGGAGAGUGUUAGUGAAAGCGUCUUAUACUCGAUCUCCCCCCUCCCUCUUCUCGUAAUCGGUGCUCUUCCUGGAGCUGGAACUAUUAGAUCGCUGUUUGGACCUUUCGUUGACCUCGUGAAAUCAUUGGAUCUCCCCGGUUGGCUUGUUCAUUGGGGCCACCCUGGCAAUAUGGCAGUUGUGCUGUUUGCCAUGGGUGGGUAUGGAACUUACUUAGGUUUUCGCAUUCGCUUCUCUGAUAAUGUGGAUGAGAAAGCAAUGGCUAAAGACUUGCAUCCAAAACUCCUUGCGGGAAUGUUCUUCUUCUUUGCCCUUGGAGCCACCGGUGGAGUAACCUCUCUACUUACUUCCGAUAGGCCUAUCCUUGAAAGUCCUCAUGCUGUAACGGGAUUGAUCGGUUUAACACUUUUAGCACUACAAACAACAUUGCCAACAUUAUUCGAGGGAAAUCCGGGGCUAAGAAAUGUUCAUGGGAUUUUGGGUAGCGGGAUUAUGACAUUGUUUCUUGUACAUGCGGCUCUUGGUCUUCAACUUGGUUUGAGCUAUUAAAAUUGAAUAUGAAAAUUAUUUUAAAAUUAUUGAUGAAUAAUCUUGUAACAAUAUCGGUUAUGUACCUUAUAAUGUAGAUAAGGUUUAUACAAGAGCUUUCACGA